AUGGCACGCCCGCAGCGCCUUCUUUACGCACUCUGCUCCUCCUCCGCCACAACGGCGGGGUCCCUCAUCGGUGGCACUUUCCACCCCCGAUAUUUCUCAGCUGGGAGCGUGGCUCACGCUACGGCGGCGGCGAAUAUUGAUAAGGAUCCUUGGUGGAAGGAGUCGAUGAAAAAGGUUCGCAACAUUGGGAUCUUAGCGCCCAUGGAUUCCGAGAAGACGACGUUGGCGGAGCAGAUACUGUUGUACACGGAUCAGAUCCACAAGAUGCACGAAGUUCGCGGGAAAGGUGGUUGUGGUGCGACGAUGGAUAGUAUGGAUUUGGAGAGAAAGAAUGGAAUCACCAUUAAGUCUGCUUCUACUUAUUGCAAUUGGAAAGGCUCUAAGAUCAACAUAAUUGAACACGUUGAUUUCACCACUGAAGUUGAGAGGGCUUUGCGUGUUGUUGACGGCGCCAUUCUUGUUCUUUGUAGUUUUGGUGGUGUGCGAAGUCACUCCAUUACUGUUGAUUGCCAAAUGAGAAAAAAUGAAGUUCCAAGAAUUACAUUUAUCAACCAGCUUGAUCAAAUGGGAGCAGAUCCAUGGAAAGUUUUAAACCAGAUUAGAUCUCACUUUCCUCGCCGUACUGCUGCAAUUCAAGUUCCAAUAGGUUUGGAGAAUGAAUUCAAGGGACUUGUUGAUCUUGUCAAGUUAAAGGCCUAUUAUUUUGAAGGUUCACACGGCAAGGAAAAGGUACCUUCAAACAUGGAAACUUUGGUGGCAGAUAAAAGACGGGAACUCAUUCGAACAGUGUCUGAGGUUGAUAAAAUACUUGCCGGAGCUUUUCUCAGUGACGAGACCAUUUCAGAAGCUGAUCUUGAGGGAGCAAUUCGUAGGGCUACCAUAGCUCGGAAAUUUAUACCGGUAUUCAUGGACACUGCUGUCAAAGACAAGGGGGUACAACCACUUUUGGAUGGCAUACUUAGUUAUUUUCCAUGUCCAAUUGAAGUUACAAAUUAUGCUCUUGACCAAUCUAAGAAUGAAGAGAAGGUUGAGCUUACCGGAAGUCCUGAUGCACCCCUUGUAGCAUUGGCUUUCAAGUCGGAGCAAACACUGUCAGGACCGUUAACUUACCUAAGAAUUUAUGACGGCGUCAUUCGAAAGGGUGGUUCAAUUUUUAAUGUUAACACGGGUAAGAAUAUUAAGAUUUCUCGUCUCUGUCAAAUGCAUUCUCAUGAAAAAAUGCAUGACAUUCAAGAGGCCCAUGCUGGUCAAAUAGUUGCAGUAUUUGGGCUGGAAUGUGCAGCGGGAGAUACUUUUACUGAUGGGUUAGUUAAGUACACAAUGACUUCUAUGGCUAUUUCUAAACCCGAGAUUAUCAUGCUUGUUGAGUUGAAAGUACCCACAGAAUUUCAAGGAGCUGUCACUGCCGAUCUGAACAAGAGAAAAGGUGUGAUUCUUGGCAAUGAUCAAGAUGGAGAUGAUUCUAUCAUUAGAGCUCAUGUCCCUCUUAACAAUAUCUUUCGGUAUUCUCCAGUUCUUAGUUCGAUGACACAGGGAAAGGGUAAACUCACAAUGGAAUAUAAGAAACCCAAUACAAGGGAAAUAAGGCAGCUGAAUGAUUAUUAUUGGAUUCAUAGUUCUUCUACGUAA